AUGUCGGAAAUGGUGGCGGAAGCAGCCCUGGUGAAGCUCAAGGCGGAGGUGCAGAGCACGCUCGACUUGAAAUUCGCGGCGUUGCAGAGGGAGGUGGAGGGGCUUAAGAUCGGAGUAGACAAGGUGAAGAGCGAGAUACGAUACGAAGUGGACAAGGUUACAGCGGGGCAGAGGCUCGACUUGAAUCUUGAGAAGGGGCGGGUGAAGGAGGAGAUGAACGUGCAACUACAGGAGAUGAAUAACUUGUCAAAUAAGCUGGAUAAGGAAAUAAACAAUCUCAAGACACAACUCGAAGCAGCCAAGUUUGAAAUUAUUCGAUAUUGCAUAGGUACAUUGGUUUCCAUCAGUGCUCUCGGCUUGGAGGCAGCAGCGACGGCGGCAGCGGAGGAGGAGGCUUCAGCGGCUGAAGCGGCAGCUGCGGAGGCUUGGGGGUCAGAGGCAGCAGCAGAGGAGGCUUGGGAGGUAGAAGCAGCAGCAGAGGAGGCUUGGGAGGUAGAAGCAGCAGCAGAGGAGGCUUGGGAGGUAGAAGCAGCAGCAGAGGAGGCUUGGGAGGUAGAAGCAGCAGCAGAGGAGGCUUGGGAGGUAGAAGCAGCAGCAGAGGAGGCUUGGGAGGUAGAAGAAUCAGCAGCAGGGGCUGCAGCGGCGGAUGCGGCUUGCGAUUGGGCCCAGGCGAGGUAUUCUGGGAGGUGGGUGUGGAGGGCGGAGAGCGGAUGCAGACACCGCUUGCCAGCCCAAUAG